AGAAAAUGCUGUCACAGAAAAUCAACUGAAGGUGUCUGUCAAAACAGAGCCACCUGACACAAUGGAACAAAUUUCUUGGAACACAAACCUACAAACAGGCACCUCACAGAAAGCCUAUGUCAAAACAGAGCAACCCGAAACGGUGGAACAUAUUCCUGAUAACACCAGCCUACAAUUACAAGAAGGUGCCUCAAAUGGAGCUGCAAGUACAGCAUUGAUGCAACCACAGACAAUGCCACAAGAAAGAACUGUGAUGGAAUACCAGAAAGCCUGUGUGAAAACAGAGCCACCAGACACAUGGGAACAUGUUCCAGAAAACAGGAGCCUACAAAAAGAUGCCUCAAAUGCUGGCAUUCAGAAAACUUGUGUGAAAAUGGAGCCACCAGACACAAAUAAGGUUGGCACAGCAUUGAUACCACCAAAGAAAUCUAUGGACAACACAACACCAGCGAAACACCAAGUAGAGAUGAAAUUCUUCUGUAACCUGUGCCAAGCAGACAUCGGCAGUACCCUGCAUUCUGACAUCACCUCACAUCUCCAGAGUCACCAAAUCACUGCACUCACUGGGUCCUCCUUCCUCAGAGCUCAGCUCAUCUGUGAAAACGUCUGUGGGAGGCCCGGGACUGUUGGGACAAGAGAGCAGACUCCUGACAGUGUAACUCUGCAAACAAGCACCUCCCAUGUUCCCCCUCGUGUGUCAUCCAUCCCCACAACUCUACACCACAUUUCUGAUGCAGAGAGAGCAUCAGAGCAAACUUCUCACAACACAAGUGGGCAGACAGGUCCUCCCAACAUGAGACAAAACUCUACCACUCAUCCCAGGCCUGCUACAAUGCCUCCUGUUAGAGAAUAUCUAAGUUACAUUCCAUCAGCACCUCAACGCAUUUCUGAUAGAGAAAGAACUGUCAUUGUCAACCCUCCACAGGCAUCAGGACCAGAGCCUAUACAUGUAGGAAGGCCAUCAAACACUUGCAGUCAGAGCAAGGAACACAUGAAACAAAACUCCACCACACAUGCCAGACCUGCUGCCAUCCAAAAACUAUCAAAGCCGGUUACGCCUGUUCCAAUGCCUCCUGUUAGAGAGCCUCUAAAGUACAGUAGUGGUAAAGAGAGGGAUGUCAGUGUACAUGUAGGUGGGCCAUUAAACACUUGCAGUCAGAGCAAGGAACACGUGAAACAAAACUCCAGCACACAUGCCAGACCUGCUGCCAUCCAGAAACUAUCCAAGCAGGUUACACCAGUUCCAAUGCCUGCUGCUAGGGAACCUCUAACAUACAGUACUGGUGUAGAGAGGGCUGUCAGUGUCAAUCCUUUGCAGGCAUCAGGAGCUCAGCCUGUACAUAUACAGUCCAGGCAAUUAUACACCUGCUGUCUGUGCAAGGAACACAUGAAUAUAAAAGGCUACGCUGCCAUGAAGUUUCACCUGCAGUGGAAACAUCAGGUAACGGAAAGCGUGGAGUCUUUUUUCUUCACCCGUAAGUGGUGUCAGCUCGCUGCUGCUGGGCCUAAAAGCUACCAGGAGAGAGACAGAAGUGCAACAACAGGGCAAAAACGUCUGUUGGAACCGGAAAAAGAAGGCAGUAGUGCAACAACAGGGAAGAAACGCUUGUUGGAACCAGAAAGAGAAGGCAGCAUGGAGACAACGGGGAAAAGAUGUCUGUUGGAGCUGGAAAGAGAAGGCAGUAGUGCAACAACCGGGAAAAAACGUCGGGUGGAACGGGAAGAGUUUUGUAACAAGGCGAGCAAGAAGAGACUUUCUUCCUACUUUCCAGCUUUAGCCGCCAACACGACGUCCAAUUCCAAGGCACCAGAAACAAGACAAGAAACUAGACAACCUACAUGUACACCUGUGAGCAACAGUGAACCAUCUCACACUGAUCAGAAUACCCAGGAAGUCCAGACAAUGGCUCCAGUUGAAGGAGAUGUUACAGUUAGCACUAGUAGUAGUACAUGGGUGCCUCCUGUUGAUGCUGGCACGAGAUCUGCACCUCUGUUGUCCCGCCUGCCCUCCAGGAUGACAGCCAACCUGCGCAGCUCCUACCAGGUGUACGAGUGCUCCAUCUGCUCCUCCCAGUACCGCUACUUCUCCUCUAUCCUGGAGCAUGCACAGAGGCAGCACCACGUCUCAGUGAUGGGCAGCUUCACUAAAUACAUCCGGAAGAACGUGGUGACUGUCGGGAAGACGGCGCACCAGUUUGCUGGGUAUCCCCAGAAAGCUGCCUCAACACCAGCACAAACUCAGGAAUCCACUGGUCCAGGGAAAACAUCUUCCUUUCCUGGGUACACUAAAAAAUCUGCUUCUGAUAGUAAGUCUGCAGCUACAAUCUCAGAGCUCUUGAAGAAAAGUGCAGUUACUGGUGUAGGGAAAAUGGCACAACAGUUCGCUGGGUAUCCCAAAAAAGGUGCCUCAACACCAGUACAAACUGAGGAAUCCACUGGUCCAGGGACAACAGCUUCAUUUCCAGGGUACACCCCAAAACCUGCUUACAACAGAUCUGCAACUACCACUUCUGGGCCGUUGAAGAAAAGUGCAGUUACUAGUGCAGAGAAAACAGCACACCAGUUUGCCCGGUAUCCCCAGAAAGGUGCAUCAACACCGGCGCAAACUCAGAAAUCCACCGCAGCCGGCCUAGAGACAACAGCUACCUUUUCUGGGUACACCCCAAAACCUGCUUACAAUAGAUCUGCAACUACCAUUGCAGGGCUCUCGAAGAAAACUGUUGUUACUGGUGCAGGGACAUGUUUGUUUGCAGCUAGGGACCAACAAAAAGGUGCUUCCACUGAAUCUGUAGGGUUGCAGAAAGGUGCCUCUAUAGCAUCUGCAACUACUUUUGUUGGGUACUUGCAGAAAGGUGCUGUCACUGGUACAGGGAAAAGUUCAGCUUGUCAGUUUUCUGGGUAUCAACCAAAAGGAGCUUCUACUGGUACUGCAGCUGGGUUGCCUCAUCAGAAGGGUGUGCAGUCUUCCACAUCGAAAGCAAACGGGUGUCUGCAAUCCUUGAAUGUCACCACAAAACCCACAGUCAAGUCCAAGCCUGGCAAUGAUAUCAUCAGUAGUAUGAUGUCUUCACAGACUGCGACACCAAAAGGCCACCAGAGUCAGACUUCUGUGUCAAACUCUGACAGAUCAACUAGCUCCAAACCAACCCAGCAUCGUCUCUGUCAGAGUCUCGUAAGAAAAGAGAGUUCCAAAAGAAAAGAGAGUCCCAAAAGAGAAUCGAGUCCCAAAAAGAAGCAGAUUGCUUUGGACGACAAUCCAAAACCUACAGUUGUCAAGUCAGAAGAAAGCAACAGACACAAAAAGAACAGCUCUAACACUGUGAAAACUGAGCAAAAAGACCAGAGCAUCACCCAACUUGCUCCAAACUCAGACUUUGUAAGGUCAGAGGAAAGCAACAGACACAAAAAGAGCACUGAACCCAGCUCUAACACUGUAAAAACUGAGCCAAAAGAUCAGAACAUCACCAACGCUCCAAACUCAGACUUCUCUUUCCUUGAUGUGACUCAACUCAAAGAGGAAGGGCUAAGAUUCAAGUGUGCCUCGCCGUGCAACAAUGUAUGGAGCAGCUGGGAAGAUCUGACCACGUACUGUCACAGUUACCAGCCAUCAGCAGCAGGUCAGGACCAGAUCACACUACAGAUGUCCUGGGAAACCGUUCAGACGUUCUUUGCGCCUUCGGAGCAGGGCUACGAGUGCAGCUUCUGUUAUGAAUGUCUACAGGAGGAUCUGGCUGGACAUCUGUCUAGUCAUACUGUGCCAAGGGUGAAGGUCAAGAUCGUCAAGUUAUCUACAGUCUGAUGUGUGUAUCACUGGUAGCCAGGCUUUUGAAGGCUACUGCAAAGAUUAGAAAUUGAACAGAUAGACAGAAAACAUG